AUGUGGCUUCUACACACUGGCCAGAUCGAGCUUCGUUUCUUCACCGACCAGGAGGCAGCUCAGGCAGCGGGAGGGUGCGCGAUUGGAUGUUACGCCUAUCUGAGCGAUGUCUCGAUCGCACUCUCGGACCAUCCAGAGCUAGUGGACCGAAAGGUAUCUCAAAGUAAAUGGUUCACUGGAGGUUGGACUUUACAAGAGCUUCUCGCGCCAUUGUCUGUCGUUUUCCUUGACAGUCAGUGGGAAACCAUUGGCACAAAAGAAAAUUUGAGCAGAUUGAUCAGCAAUGUUACCAAGAUCCCAACCUCGAUUCUGCUGAAUUGUGCUGUAGAACAGGUUUCAGUGGCACAGAUCAUGUAUUGGGCAUCCAAGAGAAAGACCACUAGAGUGGAAGACAGAGCUUAUAGCUUAAUUGGUCUGUUCAAUGUCAAUAUGCCUAUGAUUUAUGGAGAAGGCGAAAAAGCCUUCACUCGGUUACAGCAUGAGAUUAUCAAGAUCUUUGAUGACCAAAGUCUGUUUACAUGGACAGGUUGGCGGGGAGAUCGUGGAGCUGUGGCGAGAUAUCCCGACGAGUUUGAAGCAUACGGAACCGUCAAACAACAUCCCUCUUCGCCGGGGCAAUUCAAGCCCCGAUUUUCCACAACAAACCGCGGUCUUAGAAUGGAACUUCAUUUGAAUUCAACGUCGUCACCAGAGCCAGCAGUUGCAUAUCUUGACUGCUACUCUGACGACGGGAGAUAUCUCGGAAUUUUCUUGAGUCGUGUUUCAGGAAACUAUUUUGUGAGGUCCGGAACUUCACUCUGGCAGGGAGAGCGCGUCCAAGGAUUCGAUAAAUGGUUAAAGUUGCAUAGCGUACCAGCGGAAAUGUCACUACACAAGGCCAUCCUGUUGUGCCACGAUAAUCGUGAUGAGAUUCUAACCAGGGACGCCGACCAGAAUAGCUGUGUACGGAGUUCUUUUGGAACAUCAACUGUGGGCGUUUCGAAACCUGGUUCCGCACAACAUACCGUCAAGGCUAUCGCUAGACAUGUUGUCGUCGGGGACGUGAAGCAAUGCGAUAUAAGGAUCACUGUUGACUAA